AUGUUUGGAGCCGGGACUGGUAGGCGAGCCGACUCCCUCCAUCUUGACAACUCCCAAAUUGCGUGGCUGCCGACGCCUCUCGACAUCAUGGGUGCCUGGAACAUCUUCCGCAUCCUCGGCGACCUGAGCCACAUGGCGUCCAAGGGCAUCCUCAUCUUCUCCAUCCACAGCAACCGCAGCGCCGAGGGCGUCUCCCUCAUCACCCAGAUUCUCUACGCCCUCGUCUUUUGCACCCGCUACCUCGACCUCUUCCACACGGGCUCCGCGUGGAACGUCAUCUUCAAAAUCACCUACAUCCUCACCUCGUUCUACAUUCUCGGCGUCAUGCAAUGGGUCUAUCCCCGCUCCCGCGAACGCGAGCUGUCCUGGAAGCUCGGCGCCAUAAUCCUCGGCGGCGCCGCGGCCCUCUCCCCGUUCGCCAUGCUCGUCCUUUUGCCCAAGAUCAAAUGGAGCUUCCUCUCGCCUGCUAACCUUGCGCGCGCGCACGCAAAGUGGAUGUGGUCCUUUUCCGAGAUUCUCGAGUCCGUCUGCGUCCUGCCCCAGCUUCUGCUGCUGCGCCAAACGACUGUCCCCACCGUCAUCGACUCGUUUUACCUCUUGGCCCUCGGCUCCUACCGCGCCCUGUACUGCCUCAACUGGUUCGUGCGCAUGUUUGACGAGCUGAAGCCCGACGCCCUGUCCGUCAUCUUCGGCAUCAUCCAGACGGCCCUCUACGCCGACUUUGCCUGGGUCUACUACACGCGCCAGCGCGUCAAGCUCCGCGGCGGCGGCGUCGUCGACGCCGACGACCUGCGUAACGGCUGGCUCGUCCAGCGCAUCUUUGGCCGCACCCUCGGCCACCACAACGAGGAGCACGACGACGAGGAGGCGGCCCUGCACAAUGACCAGCAGCAGCGCGGCGGCGCCCGGCCCAAGUGGGGGUCCCGCGGCAUAUCCGUCAGCGCCGACGAGGGCAUCUUUGAGGACGAGGAGCGCGCCGAGGCCUCGCAGGGUCUGGAUGAGGCUGUCGAUCCUGACGCCAAGAUGCAGGACCCCGACGAUCUCGCCAGAGCCCUCGACGACGAUGCUGAGCCAGAGGAUGCCCCUCUCCGUGGCCAGUCUUCUGGCACAACGCCGCCUGGCGUACGCGGCGGUGACGAAUGGAGAGACUAA